AUGCACGAAUUGCUGAAGCACGUGCUAACGGAGCGGGAUCUUACCCGAGCAGGCGAUAUUUUCGCUAUCGCGGACACCGAUAUUGUCGAUGACUUGAAUGAAGUGUUAAAACAAAUAACUGACAUAUCGUCAAGACCAGACUAUAUCCGAAACGAUCGUGAUCAAGCUCUCAUUGAGAUUUGUGUGACCAAAGUAACGUCAUGUAUAAAGGAGACGGGCACACUGGAGAAGUACUGUGGCUCACUGGUGGCAUUGUUAGAAUCUUGCCUCCAUCAUAAUUUGAUGCCUGUUGGACAUCUACGAGAUGAUGAUCCACCUCAUGCCAAGAUUGCAUCCGAUGUUAUUGCUUGUAUUGUACUGGUAUCGUUUCCCCUCCAAUCAGACAAGGAAACGAGUAGCAACGCCGAGGUAAUGGAACUCUUCCUGCCUGUCGCGGUCCAGUUCCUACAUAAAGGCAACAGAGAAAUAUCGCGCCACAUGGCACGCUAUCUCUCUCUAGCUGCGGUACAUCACGCGGUGCUCUUGAAGCCCCAUGUCCAAACAAUAAUGGAUUCUAUUAUGUCAGGCAACUACCCACUGUGUCGAAUUCUAACGAAUUUGUACGAAGUAUGUCCGGAACCGCUGGAGGGUCACGUCACAGCACUAGUGUCGUUGUUGCCUCACGCCGAACCCGUCGAGAAGAGCUCACUUUUCGCACUCUUCGAACAGAUCGCCGCGAGAAGACCGGAAGCAUUGAAGACAGCAAUUCCGCAGUUAUUGUCUUAUCUAUGCCCUAACACUGCGAGUCAGGAUGACUCUGGAUGCAUGUGUGUAGAUCUAUUACAGGUAAUAGCCAGCGUGAGUCGCAGUCGAGCCUCGCUAGUGGCGGAGCACACUGCCGCCGUGCGCCUCGCGUCCCGCGCGCCGCACGCCUCCCCCCGCGCCACCGCGCUCGUCGCCUCCAUCCUCGCCACCCUCGGGUACAGCAGCAGGGAACGCGCUCAAGAAGCUCUCAACUUUGUGGUAGAGCGUCUCUCUGGCGCCGAAUGGCCGGAGCAGGCCGCUUUGUUACGAGAAGCGACUGCUCUGUGCAGCGCCUACCCUGCCCUCUUCACCGACCGUCUUCUAGCCGCGCUCCGCGCUAACAACAGCAAUCGUCCAAAGUCAAGUCACGGUGAAGUGAACAGAACGCCAGGUGGUGUGACGAUCGUGAAGCUAGGUGGUCCCAACACACCCGUCACGACCACAUCGAGCUCGGUGACCCCCGCCACUGCGGGUCCCACAGUGGGCUCCGCAGCGGGGCCGGUGGUGGGGCCCCCGGUGCCGGUCACCGGCUACACGCGGAGGGCGAAGCUGGGUGACUCGCGCAGUACGGGACGGCUGCACCCGGGGCCCAACUCACACCGAAGUAUGACUCGAUUGAAUGUUGCCGGUGGUUCAGUUGGAGGCCUCCAUAAAAGCAUGACAAGGUUGUCAUCGUCCCAGCAGAUCAAUGCUCAGCAGAACUCAAACCCACCACAAACGGGCGGCAAGGUGGGCGGAGUGGGCGCCAAGGCUGCGGUGACGGUGGGCGCGCCCCGCCUCGCCGCCAGACAUCUGCACAACAUACUCAUCGGACCCACGCCCACGAACUCUGGACCUACUAUAAUAUCAGGACCAUCGUCGCUCCAAACGCAAUCGAUAUCAGUGAACCCCUUGACGUCUGGUAAAUCGUCCGACGCGCUAGUCCCGUCGGUCUCGAUCCAGCACUCGAACACGGCGCUGGGGCAGGUCUCCGUGAUCACUAGUUCGCCCAGUGGGUCUAACCUACUUCACACCACCUCCGGUCCCGUAUCCGUGGGCACGAACUCGCUCGGUCCCGUCACGGUCACGUCCCGGCGGGCGAACAACACCAGCGUCACUAUGAUCAACUCGAGCAACUCGAACGGCAACAACGAUAACAACAACUCGAACCCGAACCACAGAAUAAGCGUGUUCGAGCCGUACCCCAUGAGGGACACCGUGCAACACUUUUGCGAGAAGCACCUGGAUAAGAUCAAGGCGUACAUGGACAACGUGUCGCUGAGGAUACCGCCGCCGGCCAAGUGCACCAUCGAAGAGCGGCGCUCCAAGAAGCAGGCGCGCCUGUCGUUCGCGUGCGCGCGGCGCGGGCCGCACUGCCUGUACGCGCGCGCCGCCUUCAGCGUGCGCACGCGCGCGCCGCGCGUGUGGAUCCACCUCAUGUUCCUGGCGCUGCAGGCGCGCCACGCCGCCGCGCUGUCCUCGCGCGACCCCACCGUGGCCAGCCUCAAGCACUGCUGGGACAUCCUCAAGUGCGAGAACCGCACGUUCCUCACGCUGGUGACGGGCGCCUUCCCGGGCCUCAAGGAGCAGGAGCUGGUGCUGAGCGAGCUGCGCGCCGCCGGCUUCUUCGACGUGUUCGAGGUGGGCGCGCCCGGCGAGGGCUGCCCGGCGCGCGCGCCCUGGCGCUGCUUCCUGUGCGCGCACCCCGAGCGCGCCGUGGGCUUCCUGGCCGGCGACGGCGCGCCCGUCAUCGAGGGCCAGCUCAAGGAGAAGAAGGGCCGCUGGCGCCUGUUCCGCCGCUGGCGCACGCGCUACUUCACGCUCUCCGGCGCGCACCUCUCCUGCAAGGGCGCGAGUGGUGGCGAAAGCAUAGACAUAAAUCAAAUUCGUUCGGUAAAAGUGUCGCGCGGUGCUCGCAACAUACCCAAGGCGUUCGAGAUAUUCACGGGCGAUCAAACCCUCAUCCUGAAGCCAAAAGACGGUAAAAAUGCAGAAGAGUGGGCCCAGUGUCUGAGCAUAGCGGUGGCACACUCGCAGGCCAGAGACGCGCCGGCCAAGGCGAACAGCCUGCCCGCCCGAGGGCUCACACUGAAAAGCUUCUGACGACUACUGCUGCUCUAAGUUGGUCUUCAGACCUUUGAUGUACAGACCUCUAACUCACUCCACUAUCGGUUGUCUUCACUCAGGUAAUACUAGUCUAACUACAUGAAAGUCGAGCCUUAAGUGGCGUGACAAAUUUAAUAAAUUUAAAAUUUCUUUUAUAGGUAAAAAUUACUCAGUUUGAUACUUGAAAUAUUA